AUGUCUUCUCUCUCUCUCUCUCUCUCUCUCUCUCUCUCUCUCUCUCUCUCUCUUUCCUUUAUUUUCUCUUUCGCUUUGUAUUUUGUCAUCGACGCAUGCCAGCACAUUUCAUUUUUUUUUUCAUCACCCUCUCUCUCUCUAUAUUUCUUACUCUACUUUUCUCACUAUCAUAUUCUCUGUCUUCUUUUUAUGAACGAUAUUAGCCACUCUCUCACUUCUUUCUGUCUCUCAUCCUUUCCAAAGAAUUUUUUCUUCGCUUUAGCCUUUCUUGAGCGAGGAUAUUAUUGUGCCUCUUUUUCUUUCUUAUUCUCUUUCAAUCUCUAUUUUUUCUUCUUUCUCAGUUCGUUCAUAGUUAUUCUUUCUUUCUUUUUUUUUUCGCUUACUUUUUUUAAAGAUUUACAUUAUUAUCUCCAUUGCGUCUUUUCCUUCUCUUUUACUCCUCGUAGUCCGUUGCGUCUUCUCUCCGUUGCGACAUCUCGUUCUCUUUUACUCCUCGUAGUCCGUUGCGUCAUCUCGUUCUCUUUUACUCCUCGUAGUCCGUUGCGUCAUCUCUCCGUUGUGUCAUCUCGUUCUCUUUUACUCCUCGUAGUCCGUUGCGUCUUUUCGUUCUUUUUUACUCCUCGUAGUCCGUUGCGUCUUCUCGUUCUCUUUUACUCCUCGUAG